AUGAAUAAUCCAGUAAUGGAAACACCAAUCCGAAAGACCUCUUUUAAUCAUUUGGUAGGUACAUUGUCCCAAAAAAAGCUUUUUACACCUUCUAGAAAUCGAUCCAGCUUGCCAUCUGCUCAGAGAACUGUUACACCCCAUAAACAGCGAGCAUUAGCAAGAAAAAGUAAUAUAAAUAAAAGAAAGAGCAAUAUCCAUGCAAACAAAACCCCUAGAGAUAUCUUGAGAACAUUAAGUCGUGCUUUAGCGAAGCAACCCAUUCCCUCUCCAGCUGAAUCUAGCAAUGGUAGUUCUCAAAAAAAGAAGCUCCGUAGAACUUCUUCUACAAUGCCAAUAGCUCCUCCAUCUAGGAAAAGCCUAUCAGGACGCCAACUAGACCGCAGAGACAGUAGAAGUCAUGUAGAAGAAGCGGACUUAACUACACAAUCUAUCGAAAUACCUAGGCGAUAUUCUGCACGAGUAAGUGACAUAUUUACGCCUGAAUCUCGAAAAAUAGGCGGGUUUCAGAAUCCAUUUGCGAAUUCCAAGCUUAUGGAAAACGAUAUUAAUCGUGUGCAAGAAAGCGCUCUUAGUAAUUCGCCCGACCAUCUUUUGGAUGUAGGAGAUGAAAUUCCUGUCUUUCGUCUUCCAGUAAGUGAUUAUGAAACAGCAGACCCUGGGGAAGAUACACCUUCAGCCGAUAGAGCCAGUAUGCAAUUGAACCAAUACCAAAGCCCCAUAUUUACAUUUAAUUCAGAUCUUCUUGAAAACGAUACUUCUUUUUCUGGAACAUUAGAAGAUGAGCUGCAAAGAGUUACUUCUCCGGUUCAUCAACCUAGACUCGAUGAAAGCUUCGAACAACAGGCUUUACCUGAUGCUGAAUCCUCGAGAAUAGACAAGCUGCAAAGAAACAUUUCUCCGGCUCACGAGCCUGAACUUGAUGAAAGCUUUGAACAACUGGCUUUACCUGAUGCAGAAUCAUCAAGAGUAGAUGAAAUGCAAGGAAAUACUUCCCCAAUUCAAGAACCGUUGCUAGGUGACCCUCUGAAAGAACCUACUGCAGCAAACCAAGAAACCAUUACUAUUGACGAGAACAUAUCCUUACUUGAUAAAGAUGGUUUCAAGAAGCCGAAGCAAAAAUCUCGUAAAGUAUCUUCAAAAACUUUACCCGAUUCGAACUUACGAAAAUUAGCUAAUGCUUAUUCAAGAAAAAGCGUUUCAUCAAGUGUCAUCGAAGAACUCUCAUCAGUGUCAGAAGAUUUCUUUAAACAAGUCACAGAGGAUCUAUCCGCUUAUGCGGACCAUGCAGGUAGAAAAACUAUUGAAACCAAUGAUGCUUGUUUGCUUCUUAAACGACAGAGGAAAAUUCAUGACAAGGUUUCCCUGAUGGCUCUCCAACGUUCCUACUUAUCGAGAGAAAUAAAGCCUGUAAGUUUUAAAAAGCGAUAA